CCUCCAUUGCCGCCGCCGCCGCUCCCCUCGGCCGAGCUCGACGGCGGUCGGCGCCCUUCCUCUCCCAUCCCGCCCCCGGCCUCCCUUUUACCGCCGGGCGCCGGCAUCACCUCCGCGACCUUCCGAACAGCGCAGCGCGUGCCUGCUGGGCAUUCGCGGUUCACCCUUCCCUCGUGUCUGUUUCUCUCCCCCGUUCCCUUCUCUCUCAGUCUGUCUCCUCUCUUGGUCUUCCUUUCCUGGCGGUGACAACUAGGCGAGCAGCGGCGCCAUUCGGUCUUCGCAGGGCCAUUUUACCGUUGUGUUCGUCCAACUGAGAGGCCAUGCGCCAACCAAGGUCCGGGCCGGGGAAGAGGCGGGGCCGCGGGCCGCGUAUCCCCGCGACGACGCUUCGGAAGCAGCAGGCCGUGUUGGCGAACGUCGACCAGAUCACGGGCGCCAAGAUCCCCAAGAGCUUCGUUUUUUCCCGCGGCAAGCUCCCAUCCACGCUCCGCCACCUCCAGCAGGACCUCCGCAAGGUCAUGCUCCCCUACACUGCUCUCAAUCUCAAGGAGAAAAAGAGGAAUAACCUCAAGGACUUCGUCAAUGUUGCUGGUCCGUUGGGAGUGACACAUUUCUUGAUCCUCUCCAACCCCAAGAGCCUGCCACACUUGCGCUUUUCCAAAUCUCCACAGGGCCCAACCUUCACUUUCCAGAUAGAGGAGUACGCACUCGCGGCAGACAUUGCAAACUCCCAGAAGCGGCCAAGGUGCCCACCAGGGAUAUUCAAGAACUCACCAUUGGUUGUGCUGAGCGGGUUUUCAGGUCUUGGCAACCCUUUCGAGAGUUUGGUUGAAUACUUUCAGCAUAUGGUCCCUGCUGUUGACCCAAGCACCGUCAAACUGGCAGCAUGCCAAAGGAUUCUGUUGUUAAAAUAUGAUAAAGAGAAGGAGGUUAUCGAUUUCCGGCAUUACUCCAUCAAGCUCCAGCCUGUUGGGGUGAGUCGCAGGAUUAGAAAGCUCAUGCAGAACAAUCAAGUACCUGAUCUAAGAGACCUUAAAGAUGUUAGUGAUUAUGUGACAAAAGCUGGAUAUGGAUCAGAAAGUGAAGCAGAUGAUGAAGCAGCAACGGUAAGCCUACCAAGUGAUAUUGACAAAUUAAACCAGGCAUCAAGAAAAAGCGCUGUCAGACUCCAGGAGAUCGGACCACGGAUGACUAUGCGCCUAGUUAAAGUUGAGUCUGGGCUAUGUUCAGGAGAUGUCUUAUACCCUUGGCCUGUGGCAAAGAAAUCUGUGGGAAAGAAAGGGAAAGGAACUGAGGAAGAGAUAGAAGGACAAGAAGAAACUGAGGAUGAGCUUUAGGAUGGGCCAGAGGACGAGAUGGAGGAAUAGCAAUUUAGAUGAGCUAAUCAAAGCACUGAUCACCAGGCAUCUGCCUACAAGGAUAGUCAACAGUGUGAAGCCACCGUUCUUUUUCAAACAACACCAAGGAGAGCUUCCCAGAUGAAAACAAACGUGGUGAAUGCAGAAGCAGGUGUGGUGACAGUCCUGGAUGUUUCAUGUUGAAUCCAACGGGCUGAGUGUUGUAGCAUACUAGCAUGAUGCAUUCAUACCAGCUUUGUGACUCGAGGUGCAGGCAUUAUCUGCAGGCUUGCAGCAAAGUUGGACAUUAUUCUGCGGAUAGUUGCAGGUUAUAUAGAUUUUUGAGUUCUUGUUGGGAAUUCCAAAUUUCCAAUUGAUCGGUAUCCCCCCACAAGGCUUGCUCACGCUUGUAGUCGGAUUGACGUGAUGGGAAGCAAUGUUCUUUCUUACCUCC